UUUGGACGUCCCUAUAAAACCGAAUCGCACCAUCGCAAAUCUCUCAUCACCAUUUAGUCUUCCCCGUAUAACUCAAAACAAACACCACCCACCUUCGAUUCAUUUCAUUUCUUCUUCAUUUCCCUAGCAGCUAGCAAUUAGCGGCAAUUCUUCUGAGAAAAGAAAAGAUGGGAGAAGAGAAUGGAAACGGGAUUGCGACGAAUGGGCUUCCGUCUAUUCAUACUCAGAAGAACGGGAUUUGUCACGACGACAGCGUUCCGACCGUGAAAGCUAACACCAUUGACGAGCUUCACUCGCUGCAGAAGAAGAAAUCUGCUCCCGGCACACCGAUCUCCGGGACUCAAACUCCUUUCACCUCCGAUCCUGAACGCCAGCAACAACAACUUCAAUCCAUCAGUGCGUCGUUGGCGUCACUGACGAGAGAAACUGGACCGAAAGUGGUGAAGGGAGACCCGGCUAAGAAGUUGGAAAACCCGAAGACUAUUCAUCAAGUGUCGCACCAUCACAUUGCUCCCACCAUUGCCGUCAGUGACAGUGCUCUCAAAUUCACCCAUGUUCUCUACAAUCUCUCCCCAGCUGAGCUUUAUGAGCAGGCGAUCAGGUAUGAGAAAGGAUCGUUCGUGACCUCGACAGGGGCGUUGGCAACGCUUUCUGGUGCUAAGACGGGUCGUUCUCCUAGAGACAAGCGUGUCGUUAGGGAUGCUGUUACUGAAGAUGAUCUUUGGUGGGGAAAGGGUUCCCCUAACAUUGAGAUGGAUGAACAAACAUUCUUGGUGAACAGAGAAAGAGCUGUUGAUUACUUGAACUCUUUGGACAAGGUCUUCGUCAAUGACCAAUUCUUGAAUUGGGAUCCAGAGAACAGAAUCAAAGUCAGGAUUGUAGCUGCAAGAGCUUACCAUUCCUUGUUCAUGCACAACAUGUGCAUCCGACCCACUCCUGAAGAGCUGGAGAAUUUUGGUACUCCGGACUUCACUAUUUACAAUGCUGGACAGUUCCCGUGUAAUCGUUUUACUCACUACAUGACAUCCUCCACUAGCGUAGAUCUUAAUCUCGCUAGGAGGGAAAUGGUCAUCCUCGGCACACAGUACGCCGGGGAAAUGAAGAAAGGUCUUUUUGGUGUUAUGCAUUAUCUCAUGCCUAAGCGCAAAAUCCUCUCCUUGCACUCGGGCUGCAAUAUGGGAAAAGAUGGGGAUGUUGCACUCUUCUUUGGACUCUCAGGUACUGGAAAGACCACUCUCUCUACUGACCACAAUAGGUAUUUAAUUGGAGAUGAUGAACACUGUUGGAGUGAUAAGGGUGUCUCCAACAUUGAAGGUGGUUGCUAUGCAAAAUGCAUUGAUCUCUCACGGGAGAAAGAGCCUGACAUCUGGAAUGCAAUUAGGUUUGGUACAGUGUUGGAAAACGUGGUGUUUGAUGAGCAUACUCGAGAGGUUGAUUACUCUGACAAGUCAGUUACAGAAAAUACUCGCGCAGCUUAUCCGAUUGAGUACAUUCCAAAUGCCAAGUUACCAUGUGUUGGCCCUCACCCAACGAAUGUCAUACUUUUGGCAUGUGACGCAUUCGGUGUGCUCCCACCCGUUAGUAAGCUAAACCUGGCGCAGACCAUGUAUCAUUUCAUCAGUGGAUAUACUGCUUUGGUGGCUGGCACAGAGGAUGGUAUAAAGGAGCCACAGGCAACAUUUUCAGCUUGUUUUGGUGCAGCAUUUAUAAUGCUACACCCUACAAAGUAUGCUGCAAUGCUUGCUGAAAAGAUGGAGCAACAUGGUGCUACUGGGUGGCUGGUUAACACUGGUUGGUCUGGUGGCAGCUAUGGUAGCGGGAGCCGUAUCAAACUACAAUAUACAAGAAAAAUUAUUGAUGCCAUUCACUCUGGAAGCCUCCUGAAGGCAGAGUUCCAGAAAACACCGAUAUUUGGACUUGAGAUUCCGACUGAAGUGGAAGGAGUUCCUUCAGAAAUUCUUGAUCCUGUGAAUACGUGGUCAGACAAAGAUGCUUACCAGGAGACACUAUUGAAGCUGGCUGGCUUGUUCAAGAACAAUUUUGAGACCUUCACCAACUACAAGAUUGGCAAGGGUGACAACAACCUCACAGAAGAGAUUCUCGCAGCUGGUCCCAACUUUUGAAGCAAUGUUAUAUAUUGUGUCAUGUGUGACUGGGAUUGUUCGGAUGGUAGAAUAAAUAUUGCCUUAAAAAACUUUAUAUCAUUGGUUGGGUUCAAAUUGAUAUUUCUAGCUCUCAUGUGGGUGUAAUUUAUGUGUUAGACUUCACAUAAAUCUGUUUUACAUUUUGCUUCACUUGUAGCCGAUGGCAACUCCUUAGUUUUUUUCAAUUUUCUUAUUAUUAUAUGCUACAAAAA